CUGUGUUUGUUUUCCUUUCUGCAGGAUCCUUCGCACGCAGAGGACAAAAUUUUUCUUCUAAGCGCAGCGAGCUGCGUUUUUUUGCCUGCUACAGUUUCUCAGGAGAUUUCAUCGAAAACCCAACGCCGCACACGAGCCAAAACUACCGGUAGCAGUAUUAGAAAACAUUACCAUCGAAAAAGCAAGCCAAAAUAGUCGCGUUCAUUCACCCGGAAUCUAUUCAAGACAACGAUUAUUCACUAGCCAGCAACGAAAUUUGCCACCACCGCCAUGGGAACCGAUGAUGUGGCCCGAAGCGAGAAAAUCCGGGAUGGAUUUCAGAUCAACUGGCUCAUUCUGCGGGACGCCGAUACCGGAAAGAUAAUCUGGCAGGAAAAUAAGGACUUCAGCUGCCCGGAUACGGAACACGAAGCGCGGGUUCCGGUGAAGAUUCUGGACUUGAGGGCCGUCUCUCGGGAGAUUAAUUUUAGCACCGUUGAGGCGAUGGAGAACUUUCGGCUGGAUCAGAAGGUCCUCUUCAAGGGUCGCAUCAUGGAGGAGUGGUUUUUCGAGAUGGGCUGGGUCAGUCCCAACACUACCAACACCUGGCAGUCGACAAUCGAGGCGGCCCCCGAAUCGCAGAUGAUGCCGGCGAAGGUCCUCAAUGGAAACGUAACGAUCGAGACCAGCUUCUUCGAUGGCGAUACGCUCAUCAGCAAAUCGGUGGUCCGGCUAUACUACGUUUAGGUCUAUGGUAAGUCAACCUUUUUCUUCAUUAUUGCGUGUCCCGAGAAAAUUCGGAUACGUGGAUUAGAGUACAAUAUUGAUAAGAUAGUUCCAAAUUGGCUCUAGUCGCAGUAUAUUCUUAAAAAAAAACAAAAACCGAGGAAAGCGCCGAUCGAUUCAGUAGAUCCCAGGGAUUUCUCUUCACG